AUGGUUACCUCUGGAUUGCUUUCAUCUCUUCUCGCCCUGCCGGGGCUUGCCUUCUUCUCUCUGUCAGCAAGCGCUUUGCCUCAUCCUCAGACAGCAUCAAGCACGUCUAUUCUCAAGCUUGCUGUUAGAAUAAACUCGUACGGGAUCAAGAACAUCGCGGUUGCAGAUAGAGCCCGAAUCCAAACCCUACAAGCUGGCGGCAGCUCUUCCAUCAGUCUAACCAAUAAUGUGACAACGUACACCGCUGAUAUCGGCGUAGGGAGUCCAGCAAUGUACUGUAAGUUGCUCGUGGUUCUGCAAUUUCUUUAUCUGACGUAUUGUCGAUUUCAUACAGACACAGUUCUGGUAGACACGGGAAGCUCAAAUACCUGGAUCGGGGCCAACAAAGCUUACACAAAGACUGCUACAAGCGAGGACACAGGCAAUACAUUUAGUGUUCAAUAUGGAAUUGGUUCCGUUUCUGGAGAGGAAUACACGGACACUGUAACUCUCAAUUCUGACCUGGUCAUUGAAAACCAAUCUAUCGGCGGAUGGAUGGCCUGGAUUCUUGGCCUUGGACCAGUUGAUUUAACGCAAGGCACUGUCAGUAAUACAGACGAAGUUGCAACUGUGACGGACAACCUGUAUAAGCAGAGAACGAUUGGUUCAGAAGUCCUUGGAGUGUUCUUUGCACCUGCUUCCUCCGAUGAUAGCAGUGGCGAGCUCACAUUCGGUGGGUAUGACAGCUCCAAAAUCACUGGAGACAUCAGCUAUGUGCCCAUCACAUCGACAUCUCCAGCGAGUACAUAUUGGGGCAUUGAUCAAUCCAUCAGCUAUGGGUCUAUGCCCAUUUUGGAUGAGACAGCUGGUAUUGUCGAUACCGGAACUACCCUGAUUCUGCUUGCCUCCGAUGCCUUUGACAAAUAUCAGUCUGCCACGGGGGCGACCUGUAAUGCGGAGGUUGGUUUAUUACAGAUCUCAUCCGACCAGUACAAGAAGCUCUCAUUCUUGUAUUUCACUAUUGGUGGUGUUACUUAUGAGCUCACCCCGAAUGCGCAAAUCUGGCCUCGAUCGUUGAACAGCGCCAUUGGCGGUACCAUCAAUGGUAUAUACCUGGUUGUCAGUAGCACUGGGACUCCCAGUGAUUCUGGCUUGGAUUUCACCAAUGGCUACUGUUUCCUCGAGCGGUUUUACUCGGUGUUCGACACGACAAACUCUCGAGUCGGGUUCGCCACCACCAAGUACACCGAUGCCACCACAAAUUACAUUCAUAAGGAACUGGCAGCUGAGCGCCAAGGUCACUCAUUCUGCCUGCAUGUCGAGCUUCCCGCCCACAAAGAAAGAGCACACUUGGUCAUGUAA